AUGGGUGAUCGGUACAACAUACACACCCAACUCGAACAUCUACAGUCCAAAUACGUGGGCACUGGCCAUGCGGAUACUCUGAAAUGGGAGUGGCUCACGAACCAGCACAGAGACAGUUGCGCUUCGUACCUUGGCCAUUUUGAUGUUCUUAAUUAUUUGGCUCUCUGUGAAAGUGAAUCAAAGGCUAGGAUCAGAUUCAAUCUGAUGGAGCGUAUGCUUCAGCCGUGUGGACCCCCUCCAGAAAGGCCAGAUGCUUGA